AUGGAUUCCAUAGGAGGACACACAGCCACCGGCGGCCGGCGCCGCCGCGUGCUGUUCUUCCCGCUCCCGUACCAGGGCCACAUCAACCCCAUGUUCCAGCUCGCCGGCCUGCUCCACGCGCGUGGGUUCGCCGUCACCGUCUUCCACACCCACUUCAACGCUCCCGACAAGUCCCGCCACCCUGCCUACGACUUCGUCCCCGUGCCCGUCUCCGACUGCUUGCCGGAGGGCAGCUCAGAUGUCUUCCAGGUGACCGUCGAGCACAUCCUCGCCGUGAACCGCGCCUGCGAGGCUCUGUUCCGGGAGCGCCUGGCCGCCCUGCUGUCGGAGGAUCAGGCAGCACGGGACGACGUCGCGUGCCUGGUCGCUGACGCCCACCUGCUGACGCUGCUGGACGUGGCGCGGGGGCUCGGCGUGCCCACGCUGGUGCUGCGCACCGGCAGCUCUGCGUGCCUCCGCAUGUUCGCGGCGUUCCCCAUGCUCUGCGACAAGGGGUACCAGCCUGCGCAAGAGUCGCAGCUGGAGGCGCCGGUGAGGGAGCUGCCGCCGUACCGCAUCCGGGACUUUCCGUCCACCACCAGCGCCUAUCACGGCGUAAUAAGCGAGGUGAUUUCCCAUAUAGUGACGGCUGUGACGACCUCCUCGGGCCUCAUCCUCAACACCAUGGAUGCGCUCGAGUCCGGCGAGCUCGCGUCGCUCCGGCGAGACCUCGGCGUGCCCGUGUUCGACAUCGGCCCGCUCCACAAGCUCUCUCCAGCGGCCUCGAGCAGCCUGCUCUUGCAAGACCGUGGCUACCUUGAGUGGCUCGACGCGCAAGCCCCGGCGUCCGUGCUCUACGUCAGCUUCGGCAGCCUCGCCAGCAUGUCUGCCGCCGAGCUGGUGGAAACCGCCUGGGGCAUAGCCAACAGCGGCCACCCCUUCCUGUGGGUGCUCCGGCCGGGGCUCGUCCGUGGCACGUCGCCGUCCGAGGCAGAGGCGCCACCCCUGCCCGACGGCUUCGACGACGCGACGCGCUGGCGGGGCGUGGUGGUGAGCUGGGCGCCGCAGGAGGAGGUCCUGGCGCACCCGGCCGUGGGCAUGUUCUGGACGCACUGCGGCUGGAACUCGACGCUGGAGAGCGUGUGCGCGGGCGUGCCGAUCAUGGCCCGCCCGUGCUUCGGCGACCAGAUGGGGAACGCGAGGUACGUUGAGCACGUGUGGCGGACCGGCCUCACGCUCGACGGGGAGCUCGUGAGGGGCAAGGUGGAGGUGGCCGUGGCCGCGCUGAUGGGGCCAGGAGAGCCCGGCGCCGGGCUGCGGCGGAGGGCGCAGGAGCUCAGGAGCAGCGUGGCGGAGUGCAUGGCCAAGGAUGGGUCGUCCUGCACGAACGUCGACAAGCUGGUAGACCACCUACUGACACUGUGA